GCGGCGGCUUCAGUCGCUCGCGAACUUCCACCGUGAAAGCUUCUCCCCGUGUGUUCGUCCGCUUCUGAUCAGUGUCUCAGACAUAGAGAAAUCGAGAACGCGCCAACACAGAAAAAAAAGAUUAGAAUUAUCGUGAUCGAGGAUCGUUUAGGUCGUGAAUUUUUAUGAAAAUUUCGUUCGAAUUGACAAAGCAUCAAGUAGAUCUUGAUGAGUGAAUCAAUGUGUAACUUGUGAACGAGGAUGAGGACGACUCUGUUUGCACCGUUUUGCUUGUUCAUCGACGAAUUCGGCGAAUAAAUCAACGACAGAGCAGGUGGAAACCAUGCGGAGGUGUUUGCUUCUGGUUCUUUGUGCCGCAGGCAUAUCAGCAGUAGUGGCACAGCCGUACAAUAACAGUAUCAAUCCAGCAGCCACGAACAGGCUCAGAGUCGGCCGACAAAAUGAAAUCAUAAGGCGGUACAUGUGCCCUAUAGGAUUCUUCCGAUUGAAAAGAUAUUGCUAUUACUUAAGCGGAGGUACGGCACCUUGGAGAGAGGCCUAUUUUCACUGCAAAGAUAGAAACGCUACUCUAGCGAUUCUCGAUAGAAAUGGUAAAGAUCGAAUGCUAAGAAAAUACUUGUCGAGCGAUCAAUUCACGAAAUUAGAGAGAUGGAUCGGUGGAAUAUACAAUUGGCAGCAAAUGGCUUGGGAAUGGGGAGUGACCGGGGAGAAAGUGGUGUUCCAAAAUUUUGGUUUACCUCAAUCUAACCACUCUAAACAACAAUAUGCAUGGCACUGCAUCACGAUCGAUCCCACGUUAAGGUAUAAAUGGAGCCCACGAAGUUGCGUCGAACGAAAACACUACGUGUGCGAAGUACCAGCUGGACGUAUAGUUAGAAGACGUAAAAAAACGAUAGAUCCCUACGCACCGCAAAACCAAAGAUUGAAACCUCGAAAGAAGAGCAAGAAGUACUCGAAAGAACAGAAGAAAUCAAACAGACAGAAUAAGAAACGAAGUGGAUGGAGAAAGAAGCACGCGGAACAAUAUUCAGAUUGGGCACAUGGUGUGAAUGUAGGUUCAAGGCCACCUAGCAUUAAAGGAUUAUAUCCGAGAACAAGAAUGCGACAUCACUCGAACAGGACUCAACUGAAUUACCCACAAGUGGCACAGAUGUUGCCUCAAGGACGAGAAUACAGUGCAUUCGCACCUGAUAUGCCCAGUAACGGUCCACAAAGUCUAACAGCCAUAAACAACAUUUUGCCACAAAUCCCGAGCAAGAUAAACAACCUAGCGAGCGAAGAAGUUAUUUUAAAGCCAUAAACAAAGCGCUAUUUAUUCUAACUCUUUAUUUGGUUGCUUUAAUCAUCGAUCAUUAUUCUUCUAAAAGAUCAUUUUUUAUCUAUGUUUCACACACUUUCUUCCAUUCUGCAUUUUGCUAGAAAUUGAAUUAAUCGAAGCUUUCAUUCAGCCAAAUAAAGAGUUAUAAUUUUCGUUUUGUUUCGUUUCGAAUUUGUGGAUGAUGAAGUUAUUUAGGCGCUACUAAAGUCGAGCAUAGACUGAGAUAUAAUUUAUUCGGCUCAAAACAGUCUCUUCUUAUGUUCCUCUCUUUCUAAAUAGACGUUAGAUUCUUGAAGAUGUACUUGUCUAGUUAAUAACGUUACCUCGAAUCGGUAGAGUAAUAACUUCAAUGUUCGUGUAUCGCGUACGAUGUGUGUUCAGAUUUCAUUUUGUAUUUUUUUAUUUAAUUAAUCUGCAUGAAACGCGGAUCAUCCAUUAGCGAACUAUAUUUGCAAUGUUAGUUUUUGCUUGUCGCUAAGUAUUACGGCAUUCGAAGGCAUUUAUACGAAGAAACAAAUUAUAAGAUGCAAAACUACAAUGAAAUAAAA